AGCAUCUCACACAGCUGAAGAACACAAGGACACUGACAGCAUCAACAGCAUUGCUCUUUUUCAUAUUCUAAAAAAAUCUAUAUGUUUUUUGCAAGUAAGAGAUCAAGAUUACUUGCUUAGCAGGGAGGAGAAUUUACAUUUGAUAUUGCAAUUUCUGUCUUUUGGGGGAAAACACCAGCAGGUUGUGCAGCGGUUAAACGGAGGAUCUCUUAAGACACAAGGACUGUUUAUGUGAAGGUGUCCAGGUAAAGGACUUGGCUUGCGCCAUCCUCCCUUUGCAGGACGCGGAAGGAUUUGUCAGGGUUUGCUCACUGGCUGGCUGACUGCUGCAGUUGGACAGACAAUAACUCAGUGUGCCACAGAGACUGAAAUCAUCUCAAAAUGGACCAUCAGGACCACAUGAAUUCUGGACAGGUGGGUGACUCUCAGCACUCUCCUGGGAACAACAUAGCAUCUGGUGUAGCCAACAUGACCAUCAAUGACGGACAUCAAGGAGACAUGAAGAACGGGACAGCAGCACAUAUGGGACCAGGUGACGGUCCAGUGAAAGAAGAGUUAACACCCGGAAGUCCGCCAGAGAGUGGCCGGAGCAGUGCGGCAUCAGUGGACGGGGAUGGAGAGCAGGAGAAUGGGGAAAGAGAGAGCUCUGUCAGCCCACGGGAAUCACCAAUGUCCCCACAUCCAUUGCCAACAACCCUUGCUGAUGGUUUGGGUUCAGGAAUCACAGGCUUUGACAGUCAGGUGAUAAGGAGUCCAUCGGAUAAGAUCUCCGACCAUCAUAGUCCCAGUGGAUCUGAGGUGGAGGAGAAAGAAGAGAAUGAAAAAGAAAAGUCUGAGAGAUUUUCUGGUUCUUUCGGUGUGGAAGAAGCACCUGUAAGUGCUAUCAACAUGAAAGAGGAUAAAGAAGAGGACAAAGAGGAAGUUAGUGACAAAGAAGAGGAAGAAACAGGAGUUUCCUUGGCGCACAGUUCUAAGACCCCAGACUUGACAACUCAGAAAGACUACAGUGAACAUGAAAUCCCUACUCAUCUUCCUAUGACCCCAGAGGAAGCUAAAAAACGUGGCCUAUCGUUUGACUACACAGAACCUCAGGAUCCCAAUCAUCAGAGUGGUCCUGUGGGCUGGGAGUGCAGCUCUGACAAAACGCCGCCGGAAAGCAAGAGCCCAGACUCAUGCAGGGCGGAUCCAGGCUCACCUCUUUCUCCCAGUGCUGCCGCCGACCCUACCCAAGAGGAAUCACCUCUUACAGACAUCCAAACGGAUGCUCGGGAAGAAGAAGAGGAAGUAGAAUUGCCAGAACCAGAGCAUGAAGAAGAUGAGACCACUGUUCCUCCUGUUUCCCAAGAAGAUGCUGCACCCAAGAUGGAGCCUAAGGCAGAGGAACAUAGAGAACCUAAAGAAGUAAAAGAGAUCAAGCAGGAGAAAUACUUGGAGACGAGCAAUAAUGAUCGCAUUGAUAUGGUCCAGUCUGUUGCCUCACCAGAAUCUAUUGCCAAACCUGAACCUGAUGCUGCCAAAACUGAAGAUGCUGUUAAGCCCAGUGCCCAAGUAAUGCCCACAAAAGCACCAAGCAAAGAAGCUCCUGCCAAAAAAACUAAGAAACCCGUCACUACAGCCGCUGCCACUCCUUCCCCCAAAUCUGCUCCUAAACUUCAGAAAACCCCCUCUAAAGAUGCUGCUCCGGCCAGAAAAGCAAGUGUCCCAUCCAAAGCCAAGGCUGGAGUUGGGGCAACUCCUGAAAAAAAGAUACCCACCACAACCCUGCAUGCAAAAGCUAGACCCACUUCUUCCCCCCAAAGAGGGUCUUCAGUCUCAGGCAUCCCCAGCAAAAAGCCCUCAGCCUCCUCAACUCCACCAUGUCGCUUUAGCAGUCAAGGCUCCGCAAACUCUGUAAAAACACCCAACAGUCCAGGAGCAAGAGAGUUCAGGGCCACGGCUGGAGAUGCCAAGACGAAGACAGUGGGGGCCAAACCCCAAGGAGUUGGCAUCAAAAUGCCUGCUGCUUCACGGAUGGAGCAGCGAAGGACAGGACCAGGGUCCAUUGAAAGAGCUGACUCACCUAAAACCCCAGACCGUAGUGGUUGCAGCAGCCCGGCCAGUCGGUCCUCCACCCCAGGACAGCAGGUGAAGAAAGUAGCGGUGGUACGCACCCCUCCCAAAUCACCUGGUUCAUUGAGAUCUCGCGCCCCGAUCGCUCCUGUUGCACCUAUGCCUGACCUGAAGAACAUCAAGUCCAAGAUCGGCUCCACUGAGAACAUCAAACACCAACCUGGAGGCGGGAAGGUGGAUAUUGUUCAUAAGAAGAUCGACUUGUCUAAUGUUCAGUCUAGAUGUGGAUCCAAAGACAAUAUCAAGCAUAUUCCUGGAGGUGGUAAUGUUCAGAUAGUGCACAAAAAGAUCGACCUAAGCAACGUCCAAGCAAAGUGCGGCUCCAAGGACAACAUUCGUCACAAACCGGGAGGUGGAAAUGUGGAGAUCAAAUCUGAGAAGUUGGAUUUCAAAGCCCAGUCAAAGGUUGGAUCUCUGGAGAACAUUGGACAUGUUCCUCGGGGUGGACAGAGAAGGAUUGAGAGCCACAAGCUAAAUUUCCGAGAGCAAGCCAAAGCGCGCACCGACCACGGCGCUGAGAUCGUGUAUCAGUCCCCCAACAUUUCCGCGGACGGAUCGCCCCGCCGCCUCAGCAAUGUGUCUUCCUCCGGCAGCAUCAACAUGACCGACUCCCCACAACUGUCCACGCUAGCUGAUCAGGUGUCGGCCUCCCUCGCUAAACAAGGCCUGUGAGCGGCGACUGACAAAUCAACUCAUUUUAAAAAUGUACCUCCUUCAGUCCUUUCAAAUAAGGUGCUUGUCGGAUUUCUCCUAACUAAAGGUUGUCCCAGCGGCUUGUCUGCUUGUGAAAUCAUUUUUGCCUCUUGGCACAGAGGGACGGGUAUUAAUGUUAUUGGCUUAGUGUCAUCAAAAGAAAAAAAAAUACAAUUUAAAAGAAGCUGGUGGUGUAUUGAUCCAAAUGGUCAUUUACAGCACUGAGUAGCCUGAUUUGUUUCCUUUAAUGCCCCGUUUUUUGAAAGAAACAACAAUGACAUUUACUUUCACAGUUGUAUUUGCUUCGUUGCCUUAUUGUGAAUGUUUUUCUUUACCAUAACUUAUGCACUCCUGUUUUGACAUGCAGCAGUAAGGAAGGCAAACAUGCUACAUGGUUUGGAGGGUGCGGUUAAUGAUAAUGGCCAUGAAUUUGACAGGAAGCGAACAUUUCAAACGCUCUUAGGUAAAACUUGAGGCAAUCUGGCUGUAAAGGACACAAAUUUAAGAACAAUUGAGGCCCGCUAUUUAAUUGUUUAAAUAAAAUUGGUCAGAGGCCACUAAUAGUGCAUGUUACAGUCAUUCAAAGCGGUUAAAUUCAUUUUAUAAAAGCAAAAAUAAGACAUAAUUAUUCAGAUCAGUCUUAUAUCAUGAAUUGGAAAUGUUGGUACCAGACUUUACUUAUUCUUCAAAACUACAUCUAUACUUCACCACAGCAUAUUUUCCAGGCCUAUCUGUCCUGAUGAUGAAUGCACAGGAAGUUGCAUCGCUGAAGGAAAUCGUCUUGCUUGGCCUCUAGUGAC